AUGUGCCUCACGUCACAAACUGUGAAAGACGUGCUCGGCUCGGUUCUGCUUUGCUCACACGCCAAAGAGUCGCUUCGAUUUUUGAGUGUGUUUGCAGUGCAAAUUGCCUCUUGAACAAGAUGAACAGCGCAGCCGUGUACCCGCCCGUGGCCGCGCCCGCUGACAUGUAUCCCAGCAUGCCCGGGUACGAGGGCAUGGGCCAAGGCGGAGGAGGUUUCCUGCCGCCGCCAAUGCCCGCGGAGCCCGUGGCGCCGCCCCAACCGGGCCCUGAGCCCGAGGACUGGACCAUCCCGUCUUUGCCUGAGGACGUCGCCCGCGAGGCCUUCAAGAGCUUCGCCUCGUCCAACUGCUGCUAUAGCAAAGCGCCCGCCACGGACGGGGUCAUCACACAAAUGGAGCCGUUUAACACCUACAGGUAUCGCUUGGAGACUUACACGGAGUCCAGGUCAACUGAGUGGGGCAGCAAACCUCACGAAGGAGAGGUGCCGGACUUCUACACCCAGACGGCCCCCCGACCCUGGGAGGUCCAAGCCACGCCCCCCAACUUGUUCACCAACCACACGGAGCUCAUCCGCGUGCCUUACACCUCCUCUGUAAAGGACUGCCACGACUGCAGCGCGACCGGCAAGAAGCCGUGUAAGGAGUGCACGGGAAGCGGACAUAAAGCGUGCUGGGUGUGCAACGGCUCGGGCACCAAAGACGAUCUGAACUGCUCCCACUGUAACUCUACAGGCAAAGAAAAGUGCAGGAAGUGCAACGGUCGUGGCUACGACAAUUGCGAGACGUGCAAGGGAAAGCGACAACUGCUGACCUUCGUCCAGCUGAAGGUGGAAUGGACUAACCACGUCGAGGAUCACGUGGUGGAGCAGAACAGCGGCUUGAAGAUCGACAACCUGCGAUCCGUGAGCGGAAAGGAGCUGUUCAAGAACAACCAGUACCUGGUGUACCCGCUGAUGGGCUUCCCCGACCCGGCCAUCGGCGAGGCGUCGGCGCGGAUGGUCCAAGAGCACCAGAGCAAGUACGCCCAGACCUCCAGGAUCCUGCAGCAGAGGCAGACGGUGGAGUUGAUCCCGAUCACCAAAGUGAGUUACAAGUGGAAGGGCGACUCUCACGUGUUCUACGUGUUUGGCAACGAGCAGCAAGUCAGCGCCGCCAACUACCCGGCCAAGUGCUGUUGCGUCAUCCUCUAGGCACAGGAAGUCCCGCCUCUUCCACUUCCUCUGUUGCUGGUGAUCGCCCGAAACAAAACCGUCAAAAAGUCGUCAAAUUCGGGGGGGGGUACCAAAUUUUUGGAUUUAAACAUUUGUACACUGUUGCUGUACAAUUUAAAAAAGGAAACAACAAUAAUGACUUUUGGGAUGUUCAAGCGGAUUU